AUGAUCUUUUUACUCAUCAUUUAUGAUACCAUUCAUGAUUUGUGUCACAUAAUGAGCCAUGGCUGUUCAUUUAGCCAGCCACGUACUGUCUAUAUAUGCGGAUCCUGGGAUGGUUGGCGUCAAAAAAUUCCUCUCGUCAAGUCAGCGAACGAUUUCAGCACGAUUUUAGAACUGACCCCAGGUCAUCACGAAUACAAGUUUAUGGUAGACAAUAAAUGGGUCGUGGAUGAUAAUCAGCCAAAGACUAACAACAAUCUGGGCGGAGAAAACAAUGUGAUGUCUAUCGAUCAGGAUGAUUUCGAGGUAUUCGAUGCACUGGACAAAGAUUUGGCCUCAUCGAAUGCUGGAGAAGCCAUGAGAGGAGCUCCAAAUCAUCAGCCAUCUCACGAUACACCUAAUGAUAGAGAACUCGAGAAACUGCGCACAUUCUCGCAGGAUAUUCCGGACCGCGGAGAGUUCGCAAAGGCUCACAACCCUCCGGCUCUGCCACCUCAUCUCCUUCAGGUCAUCCUGAAUAAAGAUACUCCGGUGCAGUGCGAUCCAAAUGUGCUCCCAGAACCGAAUCACGUUAUGCUGAAUCAUCUUUAUGCUCUCUCGAUCAAAGACGGUGUAAUGGUGCUUUCGGCCACUCAUCGGUAUCGCAAAAAGUACGUGACAACAUUGCUGUACAAACCCAUAUAA